CCUCCAAUCGCCACGAAAUACUUCGCCCUAGAAGCGCGCCACAGUGAGGCAAGAGAAUGCCCGCCAUUUAUCCAUUCAUCCCAACGAGGAGUCGAAUUCUAGCUUAGGGGUAAAAGUAAUUUUAGGGUUCUUCGUUAAAGAGGAAGAAGACGAUGGAUUUCCUCUCGCUGGCGCUGGUGCUGCUCGCCCUAAUCCACGGCCAAGCCAUGGAUCUCUCGAUCGGCACUGGCGGCAAUGACACGAUGACUGCGCAGGAUCUGCUGGAGCGCAAUGGAUUUCCAGGGGGCUUGCUGCCCAGCAACGUCGAGGGCUACACGCUCGACAACAGCGGCCGAUUCGUGCUCAAGCUCGACGCCAAAUGCGACGUGACCAUCCCGGACGCGUAUCCGGUGGAGUACAGGGCCAAGAUCGAGGGAUUGCUGUCCUAUGGAUCGAUUAAAGAUCUCUCGGGAGUUUAUGUCAAGGUGUUCUUGGUGUGGUGGGAGCUGACUGGGAUCUACAUGGAGAACGAGAAGGUGGUGUUCCAGGUGGGAAUUCUCUCGGCCUCUUACCCCGCUUCCAAUUUUGAUGAGAGCCCCGACUGUGGCAGUAAAGCAUCCUCCUCCUCCACGACUCUAGAUCGCUCCACUCACUAAAAUCUCUUCUUUCUUCUUCCUUUCUAUCGAUCAUUGUAUUCUUUUCUUUGUCCUACUGUUCUUCGUUGCCUAUCGAUCAUCGCAUUCUUCUCUUUGUCCUACUGUUCUUCGUUGUCGAUCGAUCAUCGCAUUCUUUUGCUUCUCUUCCCUGUUCUUCGUUUCUUUGGUUUUUGCAAAAUCUACUAGCAAACCUUUUGCUCCGCGAAUUUCUUAUCGAUCGCUAUACAAAGUUCGAGAUGAUCUUCUUCGUUCUUUCUUUGUCAAGCCUGGAUCGAUCUACAGUACUUCUUUUACUUGUUCGUUUCUUCUCAUCAUCGCAUUCUAAAUUCUUUCCUUCUAUCGAACUUCUUUCGCUAGAAAAAUUUCUUUGUAAGCUUCCUUUCGAUGAUGAAAAAAUUUCCACUGUAUAAAACAAGCGCAAUAAUAUAAAAGAAAUUUCCUCUUGCUUUC